AUGGAAGGGCCAUCAUCCUCUUCUCCAUCGGGAGACAGAGUUAGGCUAAAUGUAGGCGGAAAGAUUUUCGAAACGACCAUCUCUACUCUUACUAAAAUUCAAGGAACAGUUUUAUCCACCAUCGUAGCCGAACGUUGGAGAGGAGAAGGUGAACUGUUCAUUGACCGGGAUCCUACACACUUUUCAAAGAUUUUGAACUACUUGAGGGAUGGCGACGAAUUCAGCGCACCUUUGGAUAGGGAUGCAUGCGAAGAAUUGCGAAGAGAAGCGCAGUUUAUGGAUAACCAGGAAGGUUCGAUUGGCCAACGGCAAUUUCGAGCCAUCGAGCGCGCGGCCGCGGUGGAACCUCUUACUAGUGCACUAAACCAGGCCAGACAAUUAUUUUACAAUUUAAUUGGACUUGCUGAGCUAUGUUCGCCACAAGUACUGAACGUUGGCGAUGAGGUACAAUGGAAGAGGGAGGCAGUGGGCCUCUACUGGAGGCCGUUUGUUAGAUACAUGGUGGACGACUCGUUAACGCUCCCUUUUAUUUAUGAUAGGAACAACCACACAUUGGCCAAAUGCAUUGGUUGCGAAGAGUAUCAGGAUCCGAAGUGUUCAUAUCUUUUUGAUAUUCGAUACGAGGACUGGGAGCCUAUGAAGCACCAUAUGCUGCUGAUGAGGGGUGAAAUAACACAGCUCAUGGGUGAACAAUGCUGCAUCAUCUCAUGGGAUAACGGACAGCAAAUCCACCUCCCGAGAUCUGCUCACGAAACAAAAACCAGGAGAAUUGGCGUUAUCACUGAAUCUCUAAUUCGAGCCCAACAAAUCAUGUAUUUUAUUCCCUGUUGUAUAAAUCGUCGUUAUGAGAAGAUAAACAAGUGUCCACGCAUGUGGGAAAUGUGGAGAAAAGAUUAG